AUGGCCGAAUCCGCACCGCCCGAGCAGCAGGGUGCACCGCCGCCGGCACAGGAAGGACCACCAUCACAGGAUGGAGCACCACAACAAGGACAAGCACCCACAGGACCCGGCCAGAUCCAAUUCCAAUUCCCUCCCGGCGCACCCCAACCCUCACCGGAACAACUGCGCGCGAUGCAGCAGCAACUGGCGGCCGAGGCGGAGAAGGCGGGACUGACCAUUCCUCAAUAUAUUGAACGACUCAAGGAACAAAUGGCAGCUCAUCAACAACGACAAGCCCAAGCACAACAACAGCAGCAGGCGCAGGCGCAACAAUCCGCACAGCCGGGUCAGCAAGUUCCCAUUGCUCCCGGUCCACCCAAACCAGAAGCGCUCGCCCUCGCUGCCUUUCUUCAAUCCUCCGCCGCCAACCUCAAACCCCGUACCUGCAUCUUUCAAGAGAAGCGCAAGGACAUGUUCAAGGUCAAACGAGCGAUCCGUGCCCUGCAUUCCGACGCCUACAAGAAGGCACGUGCGAAGAAUCCGCUGCUACCGGAAGUAAACGAUCGCGUAACGGCGGAGAACACAUUCAAGCUACUGCCAUUGUCGAUGCUGGCGUUGCGGGUGGAAAAGAUUGAUCCACACGAGGGACACGACCACGGAAAGAAGAAGCGGACAAAGGGAUUGUGGACUGUCAAGGUCGUUCCACAACAAGAAGCUGCGGAUGAGUUCCACUAUGUCUGGAUAUACGAGGGCGCGCAAUGGAAGAACAAGCUGUACGCGGGAGGAGCACUCCUCGCCAUUUUGAUGGUAGUCUUCUUCCCUGUCUGGCCAUACACCCUCCGUAUUGGAGUGUGGUAUGUCAGCAUGGCGAUGCUUGGACUGCUGGGUCUGUUCUUUGGAAUGGCCAUUGUGCGACUCAUCAUCUUUCUGCUCACUGUCUUCACAGUCAAGCCCGGUCUAUGGUUAUAUCCAAAUCUCUUCGAGGAUGUGGGCUUCUUCGACUCGUUCCGCCCCGUCUGGGCAUGGCACGAGGAUGAGAAGGCUAUGAAGAAGCGGAAGAAGGAAGAGCGAGAGGCGAAGAAGGCAAGGAGAGCGAAGGUCGGAGCCGGGGGAAAGGAUGUCCAUGGAAGUGUAGAAGCGAUUCAGGAGGCUGCGGAUACUGCAACAACGGGACUGGAGAAUAAAGGAAACGCUGUGACGCAGAGGAGCAUUCCCCAGCGGGCACAGGUGGAGGAGGCAGAUGAUGAUUGA